GCUGUACACCAGGAGUUUUCCUCUCCCCUCGUUGUCGAAACAACAAACCCUACUACGGAGCAAGUGGCGGGGUGAAACUGAGAGAGCGUCCAAAACCGCCUCUGACCGCCACUUUCAAACUCAUUUGCGGAAAUCGUGGUUAUAUCAAAACAGGAACAGAUAGCGACUCAACAAAGCAGUGACUCGUUUGGAAAUACAUUGAAUAACGGGGUCCUACGCUACCUUGUGGACGCUGAGGAUCUGAGGUCUGUUCUUAUUUCAGUUGGAUCAGACAUGUUAGAGAAAUGAUAGCGGCACCAGAGUUACCGUCGGAGUUCCACUAUCCUCAGGAUACGGACACCCGUUUCUCCUCAGACACAGACUUCUCUGAGGCUCCUGAUGUCAGUAUCAACCCAACCAAAGGAAAGGGGGGUAAGAAGGGGAAGAAGGUGACAGGAGAGAAGGGUAAAGGAGCAGGGAGGAUGAACGGCCACUACCAGGAGAAUGGCAUGGAGAACCUAAUGCUCUUUGAGGUUGUCAAGAUGGGCAAGAGCGCAAUGCAGUCUGUGGUGGAUGACUGGAUUGAGGCAUAUAAAACCGACAGGGACAUGGCUCUGCUAGACCUCAUCAACUUCUUCAUCCAGUGUUCUGGCUGUAAAGGAGUGGUCAGUGGAGAGAUGUUCCGAAACAUGCAGAACUCUGAGAUCAUCAGGAGGAUGACAGAGGAGUUUGACGAGGACAGCGGUGACUACCCUUUGACCAUGGCAGGUCCGCUGUGGAAGAAGUUUAAGGGUAGUUUCUGUGAGUUCAUUGCUGUCUUGGUGAGACAAUGUCAGUACAGCAUCAUCUAUGAUGAGUACCUCAUGGACACGGUCAUAUCGCUCCUCACCGGACUGUCGGACUCACAGGUCCGAGCCUUCAGGCACACCAGCACACUGGCAGCUAUGAAGCUGAUGACAGCCCUGGUGAAUGUAGCUCUGAACCUGAGCAUCAACAUGGACAACACACAGCGGCAGUACGAGACAGAGAGAAACAAGAUGGUCGCUAAGAGAGCCAACGACCGUCUGGAGCUACUGCUGCAGAAACGCAAAGAGCUUCAAGAAAAUCAGGACGAAAUUGAGAACAUGAUGAAUGCUAUAUUCAAGGGUGUGUUUGUACACAGAUAUCGUGAUGCCAUAGCUGAGAUCAGAGCUAUCACUAUAGAGGAGAUAGGAAUGUGGAUGAAGCUCUACAGUGACGCCUUCCUCAACGACAGCUACCUGAAAUACGUAGGCUGGACCAUGCAUGACAAGCAAGGCGAGGUGCGUUUGAAAUGUUUGACAGCGCUGCAGGGUCUCUACUACAACAGAGAACUGAACACCAGACUGGAGCUGUUCACCAGCCGCUUCAAGGACCGUAUCGUCUCCAUGACUCUAGACAAGGAGUACGAUGUCGCAGUACAAGCAAUUAAACUGCUCACUCUGGUACUACAUAGUACAGAUGAGGUACUGAGCCCGGAGGACUGUGAGAGCGUCUAUCACCUGGUCUACUCCGCCCACCGACCGGUCGCCAUAGCAGCCGGGGAGUUCCUCUUCAAGAAACUGUUCAGUACGCGGGAGCCGGAAGAGGAGGGCGCCCCCAAGAGGAGAGGAAGACAAAGCCCCAACGCCAACCUCAUCAAAACUACUGUUUUCUUCUUCCUGGAGAGCGAGCUCCAUGAGCACGCUGCGUACCUGGUGGACUCUCUGUGGGAGAGUGGAGCAGACCUGUUGAAGGACUGGGAGUGUAUGACCAGCCUGCUACUGGAUGACCCCGUGCCAGGGGAGGAAGCCCUGACAGACAGACAGGAGACGGCUCUCAUAGAGAUAAUGCUGUGUACGGUGCGCCAGGCUGCAGAGUGCCACCCGCCCGUCGGCCGCGGAACCGGGAAGAGGGUGAUGACAGCGAAGGAGAAGAAGACUCAGCUAGAUGACAGGACCAGGAUGACAGAGCUGUUUGCUGUGGCAUUGCCUCCUCUGCUGGCCAAAUACUCCAUAGAUUCAGAAAAGGUGACCAACCUGCUGCAGCUCCCUCAGUUCUUUGACCUGGAUAUCUACACCACAGGACGACUAGAGAAGCACUUGGAGGCGUUGCUGCGUCAGAUCAGGGAGAUGGUGGAGAAACACACAGACACAGAGGUGCUGGAGGCGUGCUCGAAGACCUACCACGCUCUCUGCAACGAGGAGUUCACCAUCUUUAACAGAGUGGACAUCGCCAGGUCACAGCUGCUCGAUGAACUGGUGGACAAAUUCAACAGACUGCUGGAAGACUUCUUACAAGAGGGUGAAGAGCCUGAUGAUGAUGAUGCCUACCAGGUCCUGUCUACUCUCAAGAGAAUCACUGCCUUCCACAAUGCCCAUGAUCUGUCCCAGUGGGAUCUGUUCAGCAGUAACUUCAAGUUGCUCAACACGGGCAUUGAGAACGGAGACAUGCCAGAGCAGAUAGUGGUCCAUGCUCUACAGUGUACCCACUACGUUGUCCUGUGGUACUUGGCCAAGGUCUCCGAGGGCAGCCACAGAAGGGAGGACAUGGUGAGCCUGAGGAAACAGAUGCGGAUGUUCUGUCUGAUGUGUCAACGUUACCUCACCAACGUCAACACAACCGUCAAGGAACAGGCGUUCACCAUCCUGUGUGAUGUGUUGCUAGUCUUUAGUCAUCAGAUGGUCUCGGGAGGCAGAGAGCAGCUGGAGCCGCUGGUCUACAGUCCUGAUGACUCGUUACAGACAGAACUACUGUCCUUCAUACUGCACCAUGUGUUUAUAGACCAGGACGAUGACAACGGCAGCACAGAUGGCCAGCAGGAUGACGAGGCAGCGAAGAUAGAAGCUCUUCACAAGAGACGUAACCUCCUGGCUGCCUACUGUAAACUUAUCAUCUAUAACGUAGUAGAGAUGAACACUGGAGCUGACAUCUUUAAACAGUACAUGAGGUAUUAUAAUGACUAUGGUGACAUCAUCAAGGAGACCAUGUCAAAGACCAGACAGAUAGACAAGAUCCAAUGUGCCAAGACACUCAUCCUCAGUCUACAACAGUUGUUCCAUGAGAUGAUGUCAGAGUUGGGGACAGGAUUUGACCGCUCGUCCUCAGCGUUCUGUGGGAUCAAGGAGCUGGCCAGACGUUUCUCUCUCACCUUUGGUCUGGACCAGGUGAAAACACGAGAUGCUAUCGCCAUGCUGCACAAGGAUGGUAUAGAGUUUGCGUUUAAGGAGCCCAGUCCCCAGGGAGAAGGAAACCCUCCUCUUCACCUGGCCUUCCUAGACAUCCUCUCUGAGUUUUCCUCCAAACUAAUGAGGCAGGACAAGAGGACUGUUCACUUGUAUCUGGAGAGGUUCAUGACCUUCCAGAUGGCCCUCCAGAGAGACGACUGCUGGCUACCGCUCAUCUCCUACAGGAACUCCCUGCAGGCCGGCGGGGACGAUGACACCAUGUCUGUUGUCUCCGGCUACUCCUCCAGAGGGUCGUCGGUCAGAUCCAAGAAGAUCAAGGCUGCUACUCCCACCGCUACAGUCGCUGCAGCUAAGAGGAAACUCCCUGAAGCGGAGGAGAGCAGUAGCAGCAGUACAGAUGUGUUGUGGCAGCACCAGAGCAUGCAGACUCCAGUGAUGAUGCCCUCCCCCCACCUCACCUCUACCAUGAUGAGAGGACCAGGGGACAUGAGGGGGGAGGCCAAACGGGGGAGAGACGACAGCUAUAUAGGCGUGUACGCCCUCCCUUCAGACUCCCAGCAGCAACCACACCCUCACACACUCCCCCAAACACCUCAACUCCACCAGACACCCAUCGACUACAAUACCCAGGUGACGUGGAUGCUGGCUCAGAGGCAGCAGGAGGAGGUUCGUCAGCAGCAGGAGAGGGCCAUGAACUAUGCCAAGCUCAGGACAAACCUGCAACAGGCCAUUCGGCGUGGUACAGGGCUGAUGGAGGAGGAUGAGGAGCCUAUCGUAGAAGAUGUGAUGAUGUCAUCAGAGGGUCGUAUGGAAGACCUCAAUGAGGGCAUGGACUUUGACACCAUGGACAUCGACCUGCCCCCCUCUAAGAACAGGAGAGAGAGAUCAGAGCUGAAACCAGACUACUUUGACCCUGGUUCCAUCAUGGAUGAGUCUGUCCUUGGAGUGUCCAUGUUUUAAACUGGUCGACGAAGAGGAGAGGCGACGAAGAGGAGAGGCGUACUGUAUUUAUGGAGACGUUAAGCUGCAGAUCAGAAGUCUUCUCUGGUUUAUCCUCCAUGGUCUAACGCACAGUGUUGCUCGCUCAGAGGGGACUGAAUGAAAACAAAAUACUUUUUAUAAUCCUUGGGUAAGCUUUCACCUUUCAGUUAGUGGCCAACCAGUUCCAAACCUAGAAGAAUCCUCCAGACGCUUAGUCUGAAGGAAGUUCUAGAAUUCUACAACAUUUUAUUUUUCUUCCAAAUGGAGAUGGAAUGAGUUGUAAGAUGUCCUCUAACCCUCUCUAUGCUAGUAUAGUGAGUAACCCGGUGCGGUGUAGUCAUUUAGACACAGAUUGUUAGUAGGAAAGGUAGCUAGCUAUGGUAGAAGUGGAUGGACAUGGUCUUUAUGCUAGUUUCAGUUUUUUUCCUUUCCCCCAUGUUGGACCGUCAGUAGAAUGUGUUGGUUCUGUGGUUGUGAUGACGACUGCUGGUGGUUGUUGGUGACCUGUUGAAUAGAUCAGCUGUAAGAGUCAUGGAUGUAGCAACACGCAUCCAACCGUUUUCCAGGUGCAGAGUCCUUUAUGCGAAAGGAGUAGAAAUAACGCCACACUGUCGUACAUCCUUCAGUAUAGUUUCUGUCAACGUUUGGACCAGAGGGUCUGUCUUGUCAUAUCCAACUGUGUGGGUGUGUGUGUGUGUGGGUGUGUGUGUGGGUGGGUGGGUAGUGUGUGUCUGUGUAGUGUUUCUAUUCUGUGGUUGUUGAAUAGUCUGAGGAACCCGGUAGUUGCUGUGAAGAGGCCCAGGGUGUGUCUCAAAAGUAGUGCACUAUAUAGGGAAUAGGGCUCUGGUCUAAAGUAGUGCACUAUAUAGGGAAUAGGGCUCUGGUCUAAAGUAGUGCACUAUAUAGGGAAUAGGGUGCCAUUUGGGACAAAGACCCAGUAUUUAACAAGGAACUAGGCUGCCGCACAAGUCCUGAAGCUUACCCAAAGAUUUGGAUCCUUCUCCCUAUCUGAAGAGACUCUACUCUCCCGACGGACAGCGAGGUGAUCUUCUCUCCGGUAGUGCCGUCACUGUGCUGACUCAGAGACAAGCAAGCAGCAUGUUAAUAGACAGAAAAUCCAGCAUAUUUAGUGUUGAAAUGGCUAUCUCUAAAUUUUAAAUAAAGUUAUAUAUGAAUCGGUGCUGAUUUUAUAACUGUGCUUUUUUAAAUUAAAAUGUUCAACAUAAGUUAAGGUUUCAUAAAUGUGUAAAACUGUUUAAAAAUGGAAAGCAUGUGUAGUCAUGCGGCGAGGAAGAUUUUUACAUUUGUAUUUUUGUUUUUCUUUGUCUUAAUGUUUUGGGGUUUCUACCUCUUGUUUUUCCUAUGUGUAAAUUAGUUUGGAUAAGACUCAUUAUGAAAGAAAGAAAUGUGACUUCUGAAAUAUCAGCUUUAAGGUUUUCACCAUCAACAUGAGUAAUAAUAAUGUCCUGUUGCGCAACGCCACCAUAUAAAACUGUAUAGAGAACUUAAAGCCAGUCAUUAUAUUCCUAUAGAACGGUUGUUGUUUUCAUCCCAAAUGGCACCCUGGUGCCCUCACCAGGCCAAAUAUUCCCUAUGGGACCUGGUCAAAAGUAGUGCACUGUAUAGGGAAUAGGGUGCCAUUUGGGACAGUUCUCAACAGCAGCAGCACUCUGGCAGCUAGACAAAGCUUACAUGUGACAUGAACUAUUAUGUCAUCCAUAAGUUUUAAUGAAAUGUUUUGUCUACUGAGGUAAAUCUAUCUACUUGGUAAUCAUUCCAUGCCUGGAAGGAAAUCAACUGCCCUGUCUAACAAACUGCCUCUAGCCCCAUAGAAACAGUAUUGCUAGAAUAGAAUUGCUCUGGUUUAAGUGUAGAUCCCCCAGUCUAGUAAUUCUAUGCCUCUACCCCUAGGCACCUGUGGAUAUCUGAUAGGAAUGGAUAAGUAAGGUGUAUCCAAUUUGGCUUCAUCCCAACUAGUUUUAUCGGGGAGAAGGUGAUACUACUACCCAUCAAAUCACUGCAGAUUUACACUAGCGCCUUGGGUUUAGGGCUGGGGUAGCCUAGGGGUUAGGGACGGGGUAGCCUCGGAAUGCCUAGGGGUUAGGGCUGGGGUAGCCUAGGGGUUAGGGACAGGGUAGCCUCGGAAUGCCUAGGGGUUAGGGCUGGG